UCGUGUUGUAAAAACGGGCGCCUUUCUCGAUGGCUACGGUAAAGAGAAUGGUUUACGAUCAAUUUAUCCACGGAAAGGGCCUGCUGCUGUCCCUGGUGGCGGCUAUUGGCCUGACCGUGAGCCCGGUGUUGAGUCGGCGGGCCGCGGACGUGGGUGUGCCGGGGUUCCAGCUGGUCCUGGUGAACGAGCUCUGCAACCUGGCGUUCUUCGUGCCCCUGGCGCUGAUCUUCAGGGUUCCGUUCCGAGGGAACACCUGGAAACAGACCGUUCUGAUGAUGGGCAAUGGUGUACUGAGAGUCGCGGGUACGACAUCUGUGGUGGUGUCUGUACUGCUUAUACCGCCAGGAAACAGCUUUGCUAUUGGGCAGGGAGCAGCUGCACCGAUCGUCAGUAUGGUGUUGGCCUGGUUGAUCAUGAGAGAGGCUCCGGGCUGGCCGAACGUCAUCGGCAUCGUCUUCCAAAUCGCCGGUGUCGUCAUGGUCGUUUUCGGCGGAAAAGCAACCCUCGAUUCGUCGUCAGAACAUUCAGAUAAUCCAUCUGCUUGUGCAAUGAACAACACUUGUGUUAUGAUGUUUGGCAAUGGAACAGAUUAUAAUUAUACAGGAGCUACGAACACCACAGCAAAGGAUGAUGAAACUUCUACAAAUCUGAUACCUGACGCGUACGCAGCGUACGUUGUAGGGAAUAUUCUCGCUAUUUUCGGACCGUCAUUGUUGGCGUUAGUGGAUGUUAAUAACAGGAGAAAUAUGAAAGAUAACGCUAGAUUAACAAACCUUGUUCUCGUGGAGACUUGGGGAUCUGUGUUCAUCUUACCUCUUAUGUAUCUUUUAUCGACUCCCAAGUGGCAUCUUGAACUAGAACUUGUCUUCAGUAUUGUGGCACAAGGUGUCAUUUGGACACUUUCCGUAGGAUGCCUAUACUAUGGCCUAAGCUCAGAAAAGGCGUCGACAGUGUACAUUAUGUUGGGCCUUAGCACAGUGCUGGGGUACGUGUUACAGUAUUUUGUCAACCAUAUCACUCCGCAGGCAUUAGAGCUUAUAGGGGCGGCCUUAAUUGUGCUGACCAUAGUCGUUGUUGUUGGGUUGACGUGGAGACAAAAUGCUAAAGAGGGAAAGAAAGAAGCUAAUGAAGAGGAAGAAGAAGAGAAUGUAAAAGUGAGGGACAAACUGAUUGGGGAUGGUGUUGAUGUCUGUAAGGAAACAUCUGUAUGAA